AUGCCGCGCUCCUUCCUCGUGGACUCGCUGGUGCUGCGCGAGGCCGGCGAGAGGAAGGCGCCGGAGGGCAGCCCGCCGCCGCUCUUUCCCUACGCGGUGCCGCCGCCGCACGCCCUGCACGGCCUCUCGCCCGGCGCCUGCCACGCGCGCAAGGCCGGGCUGCUGUGCGUGUGCCCGCUCUGCGUCACCGCCUCGCAGCUGCACGGGCCCCCCGGGCCGCCCGCGCUGCCUCUGCUCAAGGCGUCCUUCCCGCCCUUCGGCUCGCAGUACUGCCACGCGCCCCUGGGCCGCCAGCACUCGGCCGUGUCGCCCGGGGUCGCUCACGGCCCCGCGGCCGCCGCGGCCGCCGCCGCGCUCUACCAGACCUCCUAUCCGCUGCCCGACCCCAGGCAGUUCCACUGCAUCUCCCUGGACAGCAGCCCGAACCAGCUGCCCAGCAGCAAGAGGAUGCGCACCGCCUUCACCAGCACGCAGCUGCUGGAGCUGGAGCGCGAGUUCGCCGCAAACAUGUACCUGUCCCGCCUGCGCCGCAUCGAGAUCGCGACCUACCUGAAUCUGUCCGAGAAGCAGGUGAAGAUCUGGUUCCAGAACCGCCGCGUGAAGCACAAGAAGGAGGGCAAAGGCAGCAGCCACCGCGGCGGCGGCGGCGGCGGGGGUGCGGCUGCCGGCGGGGGCGCGCCGCAGGGCUGCAAGUGCGCGUCGCUCUCCUCAGCCAAGUGUUCCGAGGAUGACGACGAAUUGCCCAUGUCUCCAUCCUCGUCGGGGAAGGACGACCGGGAUCUCACGGUCACUCCCUAG